AUGGGGGCACAUUUUCAAGAAGGUUGUAUGGAAAGGACAGCCGUGACAUCCUCUACAACCACCAACAAUCAUGAAGACAGAGACAAAGACAAGAAGAAAGAAAGGAAAAGUAGCAGUGGCACGAACACAACUGAGCUCCACAUCAAUGUAUGGCCAUUCUCUUGGAGCCGUUCGGCUGGGAGUAGCGGCAACCAACCAAAGAUGGCCGCUGAGGGGCAGCUUCUCGGAUGGUUGGAGAUCAACACGGGCCAGACCACUCCACUCCACUCCACUCCACUGGACUUCAUGCUUGAAAAUAGGAGAGGACGUGGUAUAUACAUCAAGCAUCCACUAUCCAGGCUUGUUCACGGCAACCUCAAGUCCUCCAAUGUAACUUAUGGGUCCCGACUUGGAGGCUUGUCUCACCGAUUACUACCUUGUCGUGCUCGCCAAUACCUCCAAUAUGAUGAAACCCUUGACUCUAACGCCUUCAAGUCCACUCAUCGAGCCACCUCCAAAUCCGAUGUCUACUCCUUCGGCGUCCUCUUACUAGAAUUUCUGACCGGAAAACCUCCACCCCAGCAUCCCCUGCUCAUAUCCGGUAAUCUGCUUACUUGGGUCAGAUCCGUCAGUGACGACGAUGCUGGCGAAGAGAACCUGCUAGCCAUGCUUCUUGAGAUAGCCACCACGUGCCGCCAGACUUCUCCAGAACAGAGAUCCACGAUGUGGCAAGUUUUGAAGAUGCUCAAGGAGUUUAAGGAGACGAUGAUGAGUUCAAUACUGGUUUUAGCUCAAAAAGUGAAUUAA